AUGUCUGACCAGUCCUUGAUACUAGCAAAUGCUGAGCAAGUGCUGAGUCAAGCUCAGAAAUUAGUGAACUACUUGAAGGAAAACCAAUCUGGUGAAAUAACCUUCAAAGCCACAACUGCCCCCACCCCAAACAACAGCCACUAUGAUGCCCUUCGCUUGCCUCUUGCUGAGUCCUUGGAGGAUCUUAAUCUCCUCGUCAAUGGACCGAUGCAAUGGCUAAGAAAAUAUAUCUGCUCCUUUCAUGAACUAUCAGCUUGGCAGGCUGCACUCCGUCGUCGGCUCUUCUCCCUGGUCCCUUUGGAUAAGCCCAUUCAUUUUCGAGACCUGGCCACAGCUGCGGAUAUAGAUGAGGACCGCCUGUGUCGAAUCAUGAAGGUACUGACUACCCGGCGAUGCUUUGAGGAACUCACCGAGGGAGUGUUCGCCCAUUCUUCACUAUCUGCGUCCAUUGCUCAAAAUAAGGAGUUGGAGUUGUGUACCGCUUUUCAGCUUGAUGAGAUGUUUGAAGCUGCGUCUUUACUUGGAGACUCCAUCGACCAGAACCCCCAUUCUUAUGAUCCCAUGACUAGUCCAUUCGCGAUGCGCCACGGUACCUCACCUUACAAAUGGUAUGCCGAGCGCCCUGAGAAAGCAGCUCGCUUUAUGGCCGGUAUGGCUGCCUACUCACAAAUAAACCGUGACAACCAGAUAUUGAUGGAGUCGUAUUCUUGGGAAUCUGUCAAAGAAGACAAGAUUGUGGAUAUGGGCGGAGGGAGCGGCCACAUAUCUCUGUUUUUGGCCAAGCAAUACCCAAACCUUGAAUUCAUCGUGCAAGAUGUAAAUCCAGACAUGUUAGCGCAAGGUCCCAAAUUCCCAGGAUUUGUUGAGGUGAAGGAUCGUGUCACAUUCAUGCAGCACGACUUUUUUCAGCCGCAGCCUAUCCCCGGUAGUACCGCGGGCUUGUACUUCAUUCGACAAAUUAUCCACAACUACAACGACAAGGAUGCCGCGAAAAUCUUCCUCAACCUAGUUCCCGCCCUUGAGCAAAAUGCUGGCAAAAGCAGAAUCUUGAUUAAUGAUAUGGUGCUACCGGAAGCAAAUAAAAUCCGCAAGGUUGAAGAAAACGCUCUGCGCCAGAUCGACAUGGCUAUGUUGACUGGCUAUGGAGCGAAGCAACGUACCGUACAGGAGUUUGAGGCUGUACUCAAGGCUGCGGAUACACGUUAUGAGAUCGUGCAGGUACAUGCCGAAGGUAUGCUAGGAUUGGUCGAGGUUAGGCUCCAAGUUUAA